AGAGCAGUAUGCCGUCUGCUCUCCAAACAAUCCUUUGCACGUCUCCAGCGUCGUCGUCGCAGCCAUGUAUCCAUCCAAGCCAAACGAGUACUACCCGCCGUCCGGCCAAUAUGUGCCGCCUCCGCCUCCGCCGCCGCUGGGAUUCCCCCACCCGGUGACAGCUCCUCCGUAUCAGGGUCUUCAGCCAUGGUCCACCGGCCUCUGCGACUGCACCGACGACUGCGGCAAUUGCUGCAUGACGUGCUUCUGCCCGUGUGUCACGUUCGGCCGCAUCGCCGAGAUCGUAGACCAAGGAUCGGCCUCUUGCGGCACGAGCGGAGCGUUGUAUUGUCUGCUGGAGUACUUCACAUGCUUCCACUGGGUGUACUCAUGCUGCUAUCGGUCGAAGAUGAGGGCUCAGUACUCGUUGCCGGAGAGCCCCUGCGCCGACUGCCUCGUCCACUGCUGCUGCGAGCCCUGCGCCCUCUGCCAGGAGUACCGGGAGCUCAAGCAUCGUGACUUCGACAUGACCAUAGGGUGGCAUGAGAACAUGGGAAGACGUGCACGUGCUGCCAAUUUACCCCCCGCACCCCAAGGUGGCAUGUGGCGCUGAGUCAUGCGCUGACGUGGAAGAAGCGAGCCCAAGUGGCCUCUCGUUACUAUUAUUACUGCUGAGCUGGAAUGUGAUAUUGUUGGGUUUUUUUUUUUGUUUGCAUGUUUAAUUAUUGUUUAUUUUGCAAAUAAGGGGAUCUGCUUGUAAGUACCCAAAUUAGAUUUUAUUAAUAUGCAUUUUAAUAGUUAUUCAA